GCUUCAGUGUUAAGUGCCAAUCUGUAAACAGUAACCUGUACAAGUUUCGUCACCAAAUCUCAAUGUGUAGAGGGUCUAACAACCGCUAGGUUAUGCCAUUCCAUCCAUCAUUUUUGGAGAUGGGAAUUUGAUCCAGAAACCAAACUCAAUUACGACAAAAGUGGUUCCACAUUUUUGGCUUCUUGGUGUGUCAGAUUCCUUUCGAUAUUUUUGUAGCUCUGCCGUUUGUAAUUUCUCUGGUUCCUCUCUAUUUGGCACUGACAUGUUUAAAUAUGGUUCAUGACUAUUGGUGUAGGAAUGUGACCUAUAAACAAAUGUUAGCUUAGUUUUGCUAAAUAUUUCGGUAGCUUUUAAAGUUAACUCGCUAUUAUGUAUCACUGCUUUACUGUCAACUUAAUAUAGACCGUGCUAUUAAUACCAUGGAUAAGUAUGUAGGUUCAUAUAAUUUAUAAUGGACUUUAUAUUUUGGACUGUAUUUGAAAAAAUUGUACAUUACACUAUUUAAGUAAUGUAAUUUUCACUUUUAGAUCUCUAUUGGUUUAAUCAGAUUCCUGGUUUAUGUUCCUGUUUACGAAAGAUGAUUUUGAAAAAUAACUAUUUUUACAAAAGCAGAAAAUAGCAAAAUGCCAUUUUAUACAAUCGUGAAUAAUUAUUUUGAUAAGUUCUACCAUAAUCACGUAUUAUUUAACCGAAGUAACCAUUAAUUAUAUUUUUAGUGUUAUCUAUAUAGAAUUAAGAAUUAUAUUGAAGAUCAUGGAAAAGUGCCUUUGACUAAACGUGUCUUUAAAAUUAGAAGUAACAUCAAUGUUUACGUUUAUUCCUUUGUAGUAACUCGUGUGAUAUUUUCGUUUGCCUUUCGAUAACGCAUCCAGUAUUAUCAUUGUGAUCGAUCAAGCAUUUUUAUAGUUAGUAGAUUAGUUGAGUACAUAUUCUUGCAUUUAGCACUAGGAAUUUAAGUCUACAAUGAAUGUAUCUGGCACUUGUGUCUAUUUUUAUAACAUAUCCGUAGUUUUGAUAAGAUGUGUAUCAAUGUCAUAGAAGUAUUUUUUCAGUAUCAAAUUAUUGAGUGUAUGGCUUCAUCAUACCGAUCUUUGAUGAAGGAAGAAUAUUCGUAUUUGUAUUCAUAAUGUAGUAUACUAGAGGCUAUGUAUACGCACUAAACAUGUAGAGGGUAAUUCUAUCACAACUAAUGUAUCCGGUUUUUAUAUUCGGUAAAAUUAGUGAUAAAAAUUGCUGUGAAUUUUGCUGUCAUUAAUUGCAUAAGGUUAUAAUUUUGAUUCUAGUUGGUCUGCGAAACGCUGGUCUCAUUUAUUUUGUAGUGAAACAUUAAUGGACCCAAAGUAAAACCCUGUGUCAUUCAUAAAAUUUUGAGUUAUAAGUCAAUAGUUAUAUGUUUUAUUCCAAAAGGAUAAGAAAUGUUUAAGAAGCUUUUCUUCUUGUAUUUUACAAAUAAUUGUGCGAAUGGUGACAUUAUAGAUACAUAUUUUUAAAUCAGCAGCUUUGGGAUGGUGAACGUAUUCAUAAGUCUUAGAGUUUAUUCUUAUAGUGAUGUUAGCAAGUAGCUGAAAAUUCGUGUCAUAAAAAUAUGAUGAAAAUAAUCAUUAUACUAAGACUGCAUGCUUGAUGUUUGUGAUAUUACGGCAUUUCGUUUGGAUCUCAUUUUUUAAAUUUACUGAUUUCAAGACUGUAACCAAUUUAUGCACUUUUGUAUACGAACUUAGUCAGUAGAAGAACACUUAUCUUUAGGUUAGAUUUUUAAAUACUAUUUUAAGUACAUUUUGUUUGAGCCCGAGAACAGAUACUGGAAAUUUAGUCUAUAGUGGGUUAUAAUCUAUUCUUCACAUGUAAACGACUAACCAAUAACCGCUAUUGUAAUCCUCGUAUUCUUAAUUAACUAAUUAUUAUGUAGCUUUAGAUCAUUCAACUAUUGUUAAUUUCUUGGUAACUUGCAUUAAACAUUUCAACGAUUUUUGACUCAUUGAUUUUUUAAUGAAAUCCAAACAUGCGCUAGGAACAAUUAAAGACUCAAGUCACGAUGAGGAUAGCCUAAAUUUUUACUCAGACUAAAAAAAGGGUAAUGUUAAUAUUUAUUUCUCAGGGCACCAAGCCGAACUAAUAGAACUAACCAACGGUAAGAAAUUGAUACUGUUAGACGGGUAUCCUUUCUACAAGAAACAGCCAAGCAAGGAUGGCCACCGCUGGUGUUGCAGCAAGAGCCACUGCAAAGCCUUCUUGCGAGUCAGCCACGAUCUUCAACUGCAGUUCAUCUAUAAUGAGCAUGCUCACCCUCCUACAAAAUUCUGCCAAUCUGCGAGCGGACAAUACGUUCGAAUCUAGAUUAAUCUUUGUUCCAGCUUUUAAACAAGUAAUCUCUAUUUGCUGUUUUCUUUGUUUAAGGUUUUCUAUCAAUUUAUACCAACAAAUGGUUUAGCUUUCCUAAAAUAAAUACUUAGUUCAUUAUUUAAUUCAGACACCUUUAAUUCGUUGAUUAGCAUCAACAACUUUGCCCCCCCUUUUUAGUCGCAAUGAAUAGAAAGUGUCAAGUAUGCGGGCAACUGAUCAGGCUUGUUAAUGGGAAGCAACUGUUCGUUCUGAAUGGCUACACUUACUAUAAACGAUGGUCUGUGGAUAAUGGCUUGAACCGGAGGUGGUCAUGUACGAACUCUGGGAAAUGCAAUUCUUACGUCCAUGUCGACAAUGAUAUGAAUGUCGUCUAUGUCUCUAAGCAUCAACAUCAGCAUCCGAGGAGGUAUCUCCACAUGAAUCCAAGUGGAUUGUAUCAUAGGAUGUGAAUUUAUAAGACUUUCCUCCAAAGAUAUGUUAUUUAAAACAGUAGUUCUUAAGUAAUAUCUUAUUUAUAAAUAAUUUAGGAAGUGAAAUUGCUUUCGUUCAGAUUUUAGCUAGAGAGAGAUUUCGUUAAAAGAGAUAAGAGUGUGUAUUAAGAAAAUAUGUCUUUGUGUUUUCAUGUAAAACCCUAUCCACGAUAUAUAAUGUAUAUGAAUAUCCACAAUAUACAUAGAUGGUUUUAUGUUUAUUUAUGAUUAUCUUAUAAUAAAAAAAUGAAGUCUUGAAAGUACAUAAAUUUUGUGUCCAUUCAGAAUUUUAUUUAGAUUCCGGAUCCCUGUACAUACAAUGCAAAUACUAGCCUUAGAUACUGAAGCUGAGCUUUUUUAAUAUGUAGAGUAAAAAAUGCUUUCAAAACUGCAAAUAUGUUACAAUUUCAGUUAACAUAUUCAUGACGACUCGGGGAAAGGAGCGAUUAAUCUACCACGACUACACCUAUUAUAAGCAGAGUAGGACAAAGAGUGGAUUCCGAUGGGGUUGCACCAAGAACAGGUGGCACAAAUGUAAGGCCUACCUGCAUUUGGCAGAUGAUAUGACGAUCGUAAGGAGUAAUAUGAAUCACACGCAUUCACCUUUUAGUACCCCGGUGAGGAAAAGAAUGAGACAACGGAAAAAUUCAGAUGAUUAAAAAGAAGGGAUUUCACCUAUCUUAUUAUCUGGCAGAUCUUUUUGGACUAUGGAAGUGUUGGUUCUUUUAGAUGUAAUUAAUUCUUCAAAAUAAAGUACGCCUAAACAGUAUUUGUACGAAAGCUCAACAACUGAUUUGAAUCUAUUUUGUGGGCAUAGAACUGAGAAUCCAUUCUAAGCCGGUCACCUUCAAGGUUAUCGAUCCAUGUAGUCAAAGCAUUCCAUUAAAUGUUUCUUUUUUUAAGAGAUCUGAGUAUUCGCCGUCUUCGCGAAAGAUUUAACUUGUAAAGUUGUGCUUACGAAUCGUAUUUUUUGUAGGUGUUAACAACCAAGAUAUGUCAACCGUAGUUCUUCGUUCAUGUCCCAAUAUUCUGUCUGUUAAUUUCCUUUCUAGUGAAAGUAAUUUGGCAUUACUUGUAUGGGUCAAAUGUCAAAAUUCUAACUCUAGUAAGCAAAAUAAUGGAUAGAUAGGAUAUCGGAAGCAGCCGCAACAAGUCUUCCCUGUAUAAGUUGAGUUACAUGUAUGAUACAGAAAUGUACAAUUUGAUUUAGUUGUUGUAACAUUGUAAAUACUGAUGUCUUCUUAAACGCUGUCGUCCGCUGAAAGAAAGCUAGAUAAUGUGUGAUCUUUUAAAGUUAAGACGUUAAUCUUAGUAUUAUUCUAUGACAUACGUAAUUAACUGAUAGAGCUUAUUUUAAUCUGUGCAAUGCAAGUACGUGCUAUUAUUUUUAUGCGGGGAAUUAUAAAACGAGCGAUUAAAAAAAAGCUUUGCGACUGAUGAUGACAUACUGCAUUAAUAACUUGAGCGGUAUGAAUUUGAGUAAGCGAAAAAUUAACUAAACUAACAACGAAUAUUGAUUAAUAAUAAAAUCCAGAACGAGCUUACAAAAAGUGGAUUGUGAUAAAUCCAUUUCAUAUUAUAAAAUUUUAUCCGAGCGACUACAUUACUAAGUGAGCGUCUGGAAAUACAGAGAGGAAGAGGGCAACUUCAAUAUUAAGAUAGAAUCGAUUUUUCUGAGGUUAUACAUAACGUAGGUACUACUAAAAAGUUCACUUUGAGCAAAGUUUUGUAAGCUGCUUUAUUAAUGAUUAUUGGUUCCUGAUAUUCUAUUUGAUUCUUAUGUUUUUUUAUUUUGAUACGUUUUUUAAUGUUUUCAUACAUUUGUAGUUUUCUACAGAUUGUUAAAUGCGCGUGACUUCAAAUGGGGGCGGGGCGACGAAUCGUUGCUGUCGACCAAGUUGAGCUGCGCACCAAUAGCGGGUUUACCAUUGCCAUGCGCUCGCUCCACUGGUUAGCACGUACGUAAUAUUCGUGCUGCGCAAUUAAUUUGUUUUAAAAUCUUUAACUGCUAUAUUGUUACAAUCAUGAAUAAUUCAAGCUUACCAGGGACAAGUGGUGAUAAUAUGAUUGAAGUUUCAGAGUACCAAAGUGAAUCUGAGAGUGAAACAGAAAUAACAGUGACUAAAAAGCAAAAGAAGACCAAAGAUUGGACAUUUAUAAAACAAUUUUCUAGUGAAGAAGAUGCUUUAAACUUCGUGAAUUCUGAAUGUACUUGGUCGCGGAAUUACACACGUGUCACUGAAGAUGGUCAAAAAAGGUUCUAUCGCUGCAAUAAAGUCAAAAGUAGAGGACCACAAUGCGACGCGGAGCUAUAUUUGUUAUUUGUUAAUGAUGACGUUAAGGUAAAUGUGUAUCAAACUAACUCAGAACAUAACCAUAGUGCUAUUGGCACCCGAGAUACUUACGGCAUUCACGAGAAUACAAAAGAGGAAAUUAAGAAAUUGUUUAAUUUACACUUGAAACCCAAAACAAUUUUAUCAGAACUUGCUAAAAUAGAAAGAAUACAUUUACCAUCAAAAAGGCAAAUCUACAAUUAUUUGUCGAAUCUCAGAGCACAAAAAUUCGGAAAAUCGGGUAUUUGUCUGGGCGAAUUGGAGCAGUGGAUAUUUAAACGUACUGCUAUUCCAGAAGAUGACAACGAGGUGUUUGUCAUUAGUUACCACAUCAUUAAAGGAGAUCAGCCAGGUUUCCGAUUCAAUCUAUCUACAAAAACAUUAUUGAAAACAAUUUUAUUCACGGAACUCAUACACACGGAUGCCACGUCCAAAUUGAUAUGGCAGGGAUUUCCGGUGCUGAUUGUUGGCACUACGGAUAAAAAUCGCGAGUUUCAUCCUAUUUGCUUGGGAGUAGCUACAAAUGACCACCAAGAAGAUUUUCAGACAAUGUUUCAAGGAAUAAAGGACAAAGUUAUGCAAUUAUACAAUUACACAAUGAAACCCAGAGUUCUGAUCUGCGACGCAGCUCAAAGUAUAAAAAACGCAUUUUCAGAUGUUUUUGGUGAAGAACCGACUAUUCGUAUGUGCUGGGCACAAGCUAAAAUAAAUAUACAGAAGAAGGUAGAACAAAUUGUGCCAAAAAAGGAGCAAAAAAGCGUUUUGAGGGAUGUAGAAGCUUUACAUAACGCAGCUUCACUCGACGUCUUUAAUGCCGCUUCGCAAGCGUUCCUUGAGAAAUGGAAAACACAAACCACCUUUGUAAAGUACAUGGAAGAGGAAUGGUUCAGAAAGAAUCGCAAUUGGUUCUUAGGUGCUUCACCUAUGUCGCCUUCGACAAAUAAUGCCCUCGAGUCAUUUAAUAGAAACAUAAAAGACCAUAAUACAUUGCGAGAACAAUUUGCUCUGUCGCGAUUUCUGUCUGUUGCUACCGAUAUGGUAGCCCAGUGGUCAUUAGCAAACUCUUCGUUACCUGAGGCACCUACUAUUGAGCUUGGACAAUGGACGGAAGCUUACGUCUGGGCGAAGAAAAGCAUAAAUAUAGAGGUAGUGGCAUCUGAUCCUACCAAAACAGUAUAUUUGAUUUGCAACGAAAAUGCGACAGAUUUAAACUACAAUGAUCGCUGGCAGACUUUUGACGAGUACAAAAAGCUGUCAGUUGCUUUUCAGAAAACCACACUGCCAAAUUUGGACUGGCAAAAAGGAUCGUGCGACUGUCCCGAAUUUUUCAAUAGAUAUGUAUGCAAACACGUUUUGGGUCUUGCAAUUCGGCUCAAACUAACAACACCACCACUGGAAGCAAAAGGGAUACCCAUUGGACAAAAAAGAAAACGAGGCCGGCCAGCUAAGUCCAAGCCAGUGACGAUAGAGUAGUAGAGCUCCUCAUACUAUCAAUGUUCCUUAGGAUUAAUAACAAGUUUUUAUUUUUGUUAGUUGACUGAAGCGUCUUAUUUUAUUUUUGUUCAUUUGAUGUAAGUAACUGCAUAAUACUUUAGUUUUAACGGAGUGUGUUUUAUUUUAUUACCCUUAAACAAAAAUAACAUUUCUUAGCUAAUAGAAUAGUGUUUCUUCAAAUAGUUAUUUCAUAUUAUUUAUUUUUUUAAUGUGAGCUCCUUAUACUCUGCUCAUUAGUGUAUUUUUCAAAGUGAUUUUUGUAUUCGAAACACUUCAUUUAAGAUAAAAUGCCGCUCAGUAUAAAAAAUACAUUUGCCAAAUAUUGAAAAAAAUGCAGGACGUAACGUUGACACUCAAACAAAUAUUAGUAGGUAAACACUCAAACAAGUAUUUUAAUUAACUCAAAUUAAUGUUUGUAAGAUACUAUUCUGUUGAUUUUUCGUCACUUACAGUCAGUCGCUCAUAAUUAAUUUCUCGCUCGUCGCUAAUUAAUUUUGAUACUUAAAAUUGUAAUUUACAGUCACUCGUUUUAUUGCUACCCUUUUUAUACACGGCAAGAGACCGAUUGAAAUGUAGCGAAAGAAUUUCUGAACGACAAAGAUAAAAAAAUAACUUUGUUUUUAUGAUACCAGAUUUUUUGUUUCAGAACAAAUAUGUAAUUAUUUGAAUAGUAAGGAAAUAUUGCAAUAUACUUGACAUUAAGGUUCAUUUUAUACUAAAAAUAAUUGUUUUUAUGUUAUUUAAUUUCUGGUUAUCAAGCUGUUUUUGCUUGAGGUUGCUAUUUCAAUUUAUUUUUACAUUACGAUAUCUCCUGCGCCAGCUAACCUCUCUGGGAGUAAGCGCUGUGGCUGAAAAUCACCAUUAAGUACAGUUACCUGAUCUCAUUUAGUUUUAUUUUAAAACACAUUUUGAUGGCAACCGUUGUAAAAAUGAUCUCAUCUUUAUUACAUAGUUGUAGGAAAGCCUAGUUAAUACAUUCUAGUCCAUUAUAUAAAGUAUAAAAAAAUAUAUUCAUAAACUAAAUAGUUUAUUCUAGUGUUAAUUAAUUAAUUUUGCACCGUAAUGAUGUUAAUCUUAGUGUCCGCCACUUAAAAAUCAUGGAGCGUUAAUAAAUAUUUUG